AUGGCGGCGCCCGCGCUGAGGAGCUUCGCUGAGAGAGUUGACACCGGAGAAAGGCCUCAUCAGUGCAGUGAAUGUGGGAAAUCUUCUAUCAGUAACACUGCAAUUCAUGAACAUCAACUUCACACUGCAGAAAGGCCUUAUCAGUGCAGUGAAUGUGGGAAUUAUUUUGCCAGUAUCACUACCCUUAAUCGUCACCAGAGAGUUCACACUGGAGAAAAGCCUUACACAUGUAGUGAAUGUGGGAAAUCUUUUACGACGAUGCAUAGCCUUCAUUGUCAUCAGAGACUUCACACUGGAGAAAGUCCUUAUGAGUGCAGUGACUGUGGGAAAUCUUUUACCCGGAGCAGUAGCCUCUGUAAUCAUCAAAGUUUACACACUGGUGAAAGGCGUUAUGUGUGCAGUGAAUGUCCAAAAUCUUUUACCACUAGCACUGAUCUUUGUCGUCACCAGAGAGUUCACACCGGAGAAAAGCCGUAUAAAUGCAGUGAAUGUGGGAAACGUUUUGCCAGUAGUAGUUGCCUUCGGUGUCAUCAGAGAGUUCACACUGGAGAAAAGCCUUCUAAAUGCAGUGAAUGUGGGAAAUCUUUUACCACUAGCAGUGAUCUUCGUCGUCAUCAGAGAGUUCAUACUGGAGAAAAGCCUUAUAAAUGCAGUCAAUGUGGGAAAUCCUUUACCACUAGCAGUUAUCUUCGUUGUCACCAGAGAGUUCACACUGGAGAAAAGCCUUAUAAAUGCAGUGAAUGUGCGAAAUCUUUUAUGACUAGCAGUGAGGUUCGUCGUCAUGAGAGAGUUCACACUGGAGAAAAGCCUUAUAAAUGCCGUGAAUGUCCAAAAUCUUUUACCACUUGGAAUGGCCUCCAUUAUCAUCAGCAAUUUCACCCUGCAGAGAAGCCUUCCUAAUGCAGUGAAUGGGGGAAAUAUUUUACCCCUAAGACCUAUCUUCAUAGUCACCAGCGAGUUCAUACAGGAGUAAAGGCUUAUAAAAGCAGUGAAUGUGGGAAAUCUUUUACAAGUAUCAAUGGUCUCCCAAUAUCAUCGGAGACUUCAAUCUGCAGAAAGGCCUUAUGAGUGCAAUUAACAUAAGAUAUCUCAUUCAAAUUCUAAAUUUGUUCUGUACAUAUGUGUUCACAUGUGGUACUUUUCUUAGAUGUGUAGGAUAUGUUGUUUCUCAGGUCUUAA